GAAGAGUACAUUCUCUGCCAAGACUGCGCCGCCCCGUCGGCAAAAACCCCAACCGCCCUGCCUCCCCCACUCCCCCACUCCCACGUCGCCCUUGCCGCCGCUGCCGGCCGACUGAAGAGGGCCCCUGGAGGAUGAAGCACGACGGCGGCGUGCGGUCUUCGUGCUCAAAGGGCGGCUGGCAACACAGCUGUGCCUGCUCCGCCGCGCGCACGCGCGCUUGGCAUCCUCCUCAUGCUUUCGCUGCGUACGGCCGUCGACCGGAUGGGGGGAGCGGCGUGUCCCGUGCUUGCCGCGGGUUUGGCUUCGAUGGAACGGAGCGCGAUGAGGCGGCGGCGGCGGGAGGCAAUGCGGGUGGUGAUUUGGUCGGGGACGGUGCGGACCCGUUCUCCGGCCCAUUUGCGGGCGUGGUGGCGCCUGAGGCCAGGCGAAGCGGCGGCGGCGGCGGAGGUGGUGGGUUUGGGUGGAGGAGGGGAUUUGCGCCUGCCGCACCUCCGCCGCCCAAGCGGAGGGCCGUGUCCCCUACCCGACGACUCCUGCCCUUCUCCGGGAGGGAGACGGCUGCUCCGGUCGUGCGCAGCGGCGGCGAGGAGGUCUUGCGCGUCGGAGCUUCGCCUUCUCAUGGUGGUUUUGGUCGCGAGGAGGGAGUCUUGCUGCCGGCUGUGCUGGACAAGGUGGUGGCUGCAAAGGGCGGUGCUUUAGCCAAGGACUUGUAUCCUCCUGAUGGUCCCAAUGCCAUGGUGGGGAAAGCAUCACACGAUUCAGUUGGGAGUGCAGGUUUCUUGGAAAUCAAUGGGGCAGGAUGGUUCUCUGGAGCUCGGAGUGAUAACAAGCACAUGGAAACUCUAGCAGUACAAGCUCAGGAAUUGGAAGAGGGCGAGAUCGCUGACACAAUGGAAAUCGUGCAAGGUAUGAUCAAGAAUGAUGCUUUAAUAGAGCGCCAGGAACUUGAGGAGGGUGAGAUCGCUGCCACGAUGGACAAUGUGGAAGAUAUGAACAAGAAUGUCUUGGAUGGACUGAUAGACGGACACAAAUCGGAGGAGGGCCACAUCAUGGACAUUGUGGGAGUUAUGGCCAAGGAAGAUUUGGAUGUACCAGUAGAGGGACACGAAAUGGAGAGGAUGGACAUUGUUGUCGCAACGAACAAGGAUGCUUUGUGUGGAUCAGUAGACGGCCAGGAAUUGGAGGAGGGUGAAAUUGCUUCCCCCUUGGACAUAGUGGAAGCAAUGAACGUCGAUACUUUGGAUGGAGCAGUACAAGUCCAGGAACUUAAACAAGGUGUGAUUGCUGCCACCAUGGACACAGUGGAGUCUAUGAACAAUCAAGCUUGGCAUGGAGUAGUAGUAGUGGUUCAGGAAUCGGAGGAAAGCGACAUUGCUGCUGCCAUGGACAUUGUGAAAGGUACAAACAAGGAUACGUUUGUUGGACCAGUGGAAGACUGGGAAUCGGAGGAUGAGAUUGCUGCCAAGGUGUAUGCUCAAGAGCCGGAUAACAGUGAGAUUGCUACAAAAUCAGGCCAUACCUUGCAGCAGUCUCAAUUUUCUGUUCAUGUUGUUCCGUGUGACUCUACAGGUGGUGGCAUCAUGAGAAAGAAGAUAAAAUUUACAGUUGGAAAAACAGUCCAGCCACCUGUUAUACCGAAUCAUAUGUCACAGUUGGUAACUCUGGAUAGACCCUUUACCUCUACAAGUGCUAAUACCAUGAAGAAGUUCAAGGCAACUCAAAGUAAGCCUGUUUCCAUUAAUCUUGCCUCUGCAUCUUCACUGGCUAGCAAGGAGAAGCGUAAAUUUGAACCUGUGUUUGUUAGCAAGGAGAAACUGAGGGGUAAAACAGCCGUCUACUUGGAAGAUGAUGAUGUUUUAAAUGCAGUUGCUGUUCAUGGAGGAAAUCUUGAGCUAUGCCUGAGUGCUCCCUCACGUGUUCGUUCUGUAUGGCGCCAAGGGCCACAUGGAGGAGGACAGAGUGCUGGUCCUCGUCGCAGAGUCAGGUCGAUGUGCAAGAGGUUUCAGUUUUUAUGCAGGUUCCUUGCUCAAGCUGUGAAGCAGGGUUCGAUCAAGCUUCCAAGAGUUGACCUUGCAGCUGACCAUGUCAUCAAGAAAUUACCAGAUUACAUCAAAUAUGGGUCAAUUGUGGGCGAAGUUGAUGGAGUUGAAGUGGGCGAUGAAUUUCUUUUCAGAGUAGAGUUGGCCAUUGUUGGUCUUCACAACCCCUUCAGGGCAGGCAUUGACACCACUAAGGACACUGACGGUGAGCCUAUUGCAGUAAGCAUAGUUGCUUCAGGAGGUUAUCUUGACGAAUAUUCUAGGUCAGGUGAAUUGAUAUACAUCGGCUCUGGAGGAAAUGCUGGUGGUACCGAUCAGGAUGGGGAUCAAAAGCUUGAACGUGGGAACCUUGCCUUGAAAAAUUGCAUCGAAAGAGGGAUACCUGUCCGAGUAACUCAUGGCUUCAAAACUCCAAAUAAGGGAGAAGGCAGCCAUUCAAUAGGCAAAGAAAUCCCAAAAUUCAUCUAUGAUGGGCUCUACCAUGUGGUUGGUUUCUGGCAAGAUGGUGUACCAGGUUCAAUGGUCUUCAAGUACAAACUACGAAGGAUUCCUGGACAGCCAAAACUUCCUCUGCACGUAGCCAAAUGGUUGCGGAAAUCUGUGGUGCGUCCGCGCUGAUGUAUCUCAAGUGGAAUGUUGUGUUAUCUGUCAAAAUAUUGUGCCUCAAGACAGUUGUCCUGGAGAGCGUAAAGCAAAGGCUAGAGAGGCUGCAAAUCAGCGAGAAAUGGAUUGAGAUUCAUGCUAUGUUUACUUGUUAAUUAAUCAAUGCAAUUCUGUGCUUUAAGAUAUGUAGAACUCUUUCUAAGUGGUGCAAUGAACUAAAACAGUAUUGCAUUGAUCCAGCUAUGGAAUAUUCAAAUCUAUGUUCAAUUUUUCCAA